UCUCUUAAACAUUGUAAAAAGGAUACUCGAACACUUUCACAAACAGUCGGCCAUACUCAAUCUAGGAUGGAUUUGGAGCCACAACAUGAAGAUAUUGGUGGCAAUUCUGGAUAUCUCGCCGUCACAUUACCUGAGAUUCUACAUAAAAUCAUGUCCUUCCUCUCAACCUCCGACCUCUGCAAGACGGUAGCCUUUGUUUCCCGCGGAUGGGAAGAAGCCGCUCGUGUCCAUCUCAUUUCCUGCCCUCUGGUCUCACUCAACCCCGGAAAUUUGCACGCCUACCUGGCCUCAACCAAUGCCCGCUCGAACCACUACAAACGUAUACACAUCUCCAAAUUCGAUUUUGACAAUCCACGCCCUGAAGAAUCCCGUCUUCUGGAAACGUUCGCCUCCACCGCGACCGCGCCCAUUACGCAGUUGCGCAUCGACUACUUCCCCCACCGGGUAGAAACCAUGUCCCCCGAAGUGAUCGCGAUAUUAACAAAUUGUCACAAUUUAAAAUUUCUGCACUUAUCUCCUAGGAUUCUUUCCGUAAAGGAGGCUGGAACUUCAGUCCCACAAAUUAUGAAAUUUCUAAGCGUUAAGAACCUCGAAAUUUCCAUGUACUACAAUUCCCACAUCGGAAUUGGUCCGGCAAUUGAGGAAACCAUCUUUGAAGUGGUAAAGUUAUUUCCGAACCUUGGAAAAUUAAAGGGUGACAACCUCCCAAAAAAUGUUGUCGAGUAUUUACUCUCAAAAAAAGCGUCGGUAGAGUCAAUCGUGUGGCAAUUUGACGAUCCGGAUCUACCCGUGCCAAUUUUAAUAGUAAACCAUCCUUGGUACAGAUUCAGUUAGGGUUUGGAUCGACCUUUUAAACAAAUUUGAUAAUUAGUAUUUCCGUAUUUCACUUUCAACAUUUUUUGUAAGACGGGUAAAAUUGGGAAUUACCGCGUUUCAUUCAAACAUAAAAGCGAGAUUUAACCGAAACCUCGACAAUUUCAUUUCUUUUUGUGGUAUUUCCAAAAUUAGAAUGUUUCAAAAUUGGUGCAUAGGGAUAUUACGAUGCUAAUGAAAUCGGGCGAAAUUUUAAAUUAAUUCCAUGCUUUGUCCAUAUACAUAAAUUAUUUAUUUUUAGCUUACGUAAAUACUUUAAGGGUUUGUUUGG